UCUCUCUCUGUCUGUGUCCUCGGUUCAACACACAAACAUCCACCGAAGAAUCAUCAACGCCGGCCCUUCGACCUUGCCGCGGCCACGAUUCCCAAGCCUACCAAACUCCUUUGCUCAACUCUCCGAUCGAAGUCCCUCGAACUCGAACUCGAACCCGACCUCGCCUGUCUGUCUAGUGCAACUCCACAACAGAGGAGAGCACCUCACCACCCGACGGCCCAAUUUGCGCCGGCCCUCCGCCUCCAAUCUUUGCCGCAUCCGAACCUCCCGCUCUGCGAUCCUUUCACGACGACAGCCUUUUCCAACUCCUUCGUCGCGUCGACCGAGUCUCCUGCUUCACCAGUAGACGCUGCCGACCGUCGCUCGCUCUCUCUUCCCCACAGCCCGCGAAACCCGCGCACACAGACAUGAUGGCACGCACGCGGAGGGGGGUUAAGUUUCCUCACAAGACCAAUGGCCAUGGUGACGGCCGCCGCUCGAGCUUCAGCGACGUCAGCGAAGAUGGUUCGCCCUCCAAGCUCAAGACAGGCGCUGCCCUGGGCAACAUCGCCGAACAGCCUCCUAAAUCCCCCGAGGAGGAGAAGCGCGAAGCCUACGAGAAGAAGAAGGCAAAUUUCCUGACCCGUACCUUUUGGACAUUUGUCAUGUUCGCUGGCUUCUUCGCCGCCCUCGUCAUGGGCCACAUCUACAUCAUUUGCAUCAUGACCGCCAUCCAGAUCAUUUCCUUCAAGGAGGUCAUUGCCAUCGCCAGCGUGCCCAGCCGCGCCCGCCAGCUGCGCUCCGCCAAGAGCCUUAACUGGUACUGGCUGGCCACCACCAUGUACUUCCUCUACGGCGAGAGCGUCAUCUACUACUUCAAGCACAUCGUCCUUGUCGACAAGGUCUUGCUGCCUCUGGCAACCCACCACCGCUUCAUCAGCUUCAUCCUGUACAUCUUUGGUUUUGUCUUCUUUGUUACCUCGCUUCAGGCCGGCCACUACAAGUUCCAGUUCACCCAGUUCGCCUGGACACACAUGGCCCUGUACCUUAUCGUCGUCCAAGCCCACUUCAUUAUGAACAACGUCUUCGAGGGCAUGAUUUGGUUCUUCCUUCCGGCCGCUAUGGUCAUCACCAACGACAUCUGGGCCUACCUCUGCGGAAUCACGUUCGGCCGCACUCAGCUGAUCGCCCUCUCUCCCAAGAAGACGGUCGAGGGAUUCGUUGGCGCGUGGGUCUUUACCAUCAUCUUUGGCAUGCUCCUGACCAACGUCUUGAUGCGCUCUGAUUUCUUCCUCUGCCCUGUUAAUGACUUGGGCGCAAACAUUUUCACCGGCCUUGAGUGCACGCGCAACCCCGUCUUCAACCCCAAGACGUACAGUCUGCCUCCUCUGUUCUUUCUGCCGCCCAACAUGCACCAGACCUUCUCCUUCACCGUCGCCCCGAUGCAGCUUCACACACUGGUUCUCGCAACCUUUGCCUCUUUGAUCGCUCCCUUUGGCGGAUUCUUCGCCUCGGGCCUCAAGCGCACCUUCAAGAUCAAGGACUUUGGCGACUCGAUUCCCGGCCACGGCGGCAUGACAGACCGCAUGGACUGCCAGUUCAUCAUGGGUUUCUUCACCUACAUGUACUACCACUCUUUCAUCGCUCUCCACAAAGUUAAUCUCGGCAGUGUCAUGGAGAUGGCCGUCACUGGGUUGACCGUGGAGGAGCAGCUCGAGCUGGUGAGGGGUAUGGGCCGUUAUCUCAGCAACCAAGGAGUCUGGGGAGAGGAGAUCAUCCGGUGCCUGGACAAGGCCGCGCAAGCCAAGAGGUGAAGGGAAACACCCCCGACGAGCGAUACCGGGGCAGCGGAUCACCGGCAGUAUACUGCUAUUUUAAUGACGAAGUAAUGCGAAAUCUGGGACAAUGUGCAGACUCGAGUGACGAGACACCUUCCAUUCCCCGAUUUCUCAAGGACAGUGAAGAAGAACUGUUUUUGGUGUCAGGCAGCUGGGGAAGAGGUAGGACUGCGCAGCGCGACGGGUAAACAAAAGCAUUUGCGUAAUGACGACGACGACAGUCGUCGUAUAAGAGAAUUUCUUGGUUUAUGACGGGCGGGUGGAAUUUGCAUGGACUCGCUGCUGUAACAUGAUACAUACCCUCUCGCGACCUUUUUUUUCUUCUUUUUCAAACAUGACACGUCUCACUCUCCACGUCGCGCGCGGCAUAGCAAUUCGUGAUCUGGCCUGACUGUUUCU